AUGUCUGACAUUCAAAAGGAUAAGGUUCAAGAGCAAGAAGCUCCACAAAUCAUCAAGAUCAGAAUGACCUUGACCUCUACCAAGGUUAAGCAAUUGGAAAACGUUUCUGCUAACAUUAUCAGAAACGCUGAACAAAACAACUUGGUCAAGAAGGGUCCUGUCAGAUUGCCAACCAAGGUUCUAAGAAUCUCCACCAGAAAGACUCCAAACGGUGAAGGUUCCAAGACCUGGGAAACUUACGAGAUGAGAAUCCACAAGAGAUACAUCGACUUCGAAGCUCCAGUCAGCAUCGUUAAGAGAAUCACUCAAAUUACCAUCGAACCAGGUGUAGAUGUCGAAGUUGUUGUUGCUUCCAACUAA